AGAUUCCUCAAUUUUCAAUUACCGUCUCGUCCACGGCGAAUAGGAAAGUGUGACAUCGAUCCACGAACGCAAUCGUUGCAUCCUCCGAAGUCCGACGUGAGAAUCUUCUUCUGUCUUUAGUCGGUCGUUCAUCUUGCCACGAAGUUAAACCAAUAAAGAUCGUUUCUUUUAAAGUCUAUACCUGUUGGCGAAAUAAAAGUGCAAUUCUUGGAAAAGUAAAAGGGCGAGCUUCUUUCAAAAGAGAAAAAAGAAUGACAGCAAAUAAAUGGGAGAGAUCUCACCUCGAGCUGUCGAUGAAGCUUCCCGUCUUGACUAGGUAAAUUUAUCACCAAAAACCCAAAUGAGCCCUUGAUCAGAUGACCUGUUAGCUGGUUAUGAAACAGACCCAGGUUCUGAAAUUUCUCCUCAACAGCUAAAGUCAAUCAGGGGAAAUGUGCAGCUCUGCCGACGCAAGUGAUCCUCAGUGGAUAGAGAAAGUCAAGUCAGAGGGGGCUGUUCCAUGCCUUGAUCCUGAUAACUGUCCAAACGGAUGGGCUUCUCCACCUGGAGACAUAUUCAUGGUUAGAGGUCCAGAGUAUUUUGCAAACAGGGUCAAAAUUCCCGCUGGCGAGUAUCUCUUGAAGCCUCUUGCAUUUGAUUGGAUUAAAAGCUCUUCAAAAGUCUGGGAGGUCAUGAACAAUCCAAAUAACCGUGUGAGGAAGGCCAUCGAAACUGAAUUUCCUGAUGGGGACAGACCUUUUGUAUGGGCUUUCAAUCUCCAAGUGCCAAGCAAGGAUAACUAUAGUGCUGUUGCGUAUUUUGUAGCCAAGGAACCUAUUCAAGAGGGUUCCCUGAUGGACCAGUUCUUAAGAGGUGAUGAUGUGUAUAAAACCUCGCGUCUCAAAAUGAUUGCAAACAUCGUGAAGGGUCCUUGGAUAGUUAAAAAGGCUGUUGGAGAGCAGGCUAUUUGCAUAAUUGGACGUGCCCUUACCUGUAAAUAUGUUGUAUCCGACAAUUUUAUAGAAGUAGAUGUGGAUAUUGGGUCCUCGAUGGUUGCCAGUGCGAUUGUUCACUUGGCAUUUGGCUACAUCACGACAUUGACAGUUGAUUUGGCUUUCCUUAUUGAGAGCCAGACACAGUUGGAGCUACCAGAAAGAAUCUUGGGCGCUGUUAGAUUCUCAGAGCUGGACCCUGCUUCAGCGAGGCCAAUGGAACCGUUUGAUUGUACUAACGUAAAUUUACAAUCCUCUCUUUCCAGUAGAUGGUGGAGGUCCAUCGGUCAAGGGUUUUCCCAUUUAAUUAGUCAAAGCUCCCAGGAAAGCAGCUCUCCUUCUGGAUCAGUGCACAGUAAUGGCAUUGGCGGUGAUAACAAGAAUGACAAAUUAUAAAAUGGGAGAAUCAAUUGCUAAGCUAAGAUUCAGUAUACCUUCUCGUGAGCACUCUUCUUUAGCACAGCUUUUACCUAUUAAAGGAGAUCUUUUGACACAGGAACUUUAACAAGAACUAGUCAAGGUUUAAGAGCUCAUAACAGUGGAAAAAGUGAUUCAUCUUCAUUAGACACAAGGUGCUCUUUUUUUGGAGAGAUCUCCACUUCUGUUAAAAAGAUCAGAAAAUUGUGCAAUGACAAUUGAUUACAAUAUCACCCUUAGGACUCCAACCAGAAAAGAGUUCACCUUGUGUCCGACUUCCGGACCUGACUAGAAGGCCUUCAAGUUUGUAAUGGGAAUUACACUCAUGCUUAUGUGGUUGUAUCUGAUGCUUGCCAGUGCCACAAUAUUUGUAGUGGGAAGUCAAUUUAAGUGUUCAGGCUCUUGAU